GUAAAACCGAAUCUGACAUCAUCACCUAGCAGUUUGUGUAGCUAGCAAGUGGUUUGUUCUUAGGACAGCAGAGGAGGAAAUUGUUCCCCUCCUGAUAAGACAACAGUGAAGAGAGGACGCAUGCUGUUUCUUAGGGAUACGGCUGAUUUCCAGAUAUGACCAUGCAUUUGUGGUUUCAACUUUUGGUCUUUGGCUUUGCCUUCCUGGAUACAAAUAUAUGUGUUACAGGGCAAGACUUUACUACUUCCACUCCUGGACUGACUGCACCAGAGAAGCCCCAUGCCCUGCCUUCUAGUGGCCCCUUACCCGCUCGCACCAAUGCAUCCUCACCCGCAAGCAUCUCUGACAGAGGAAAUGACUCCUCAGAGACCACACCUCCUGCUAGUCCCAGUGACUCCUCAGGCCAUGUCUCCCUGGACCCUUCGGAUAAUGCUAAUGCUCUAAAUGUGACAGGAAACGCAACCAUACCGACGCCUCUCCCUCGCACGCACACCGACUCGCAGGCGCCCUCUACCGGAGGAGCUGACACGCAGACACUCAGCAGCAAGGCUGACCUUACCACACUCAAGCCCUCCUCAGGCGGGCCGGAACCAACAGGUACCCCAGGAGAGAGGAAUACCACCUUUCCUGCAGACACAGCCUUCACCCCAGCAGAUACCCUCAGGCCUGCACGCAACAGCACUGCUGCCUCACUCACACACGCCUCCAACACCAGCACCUCCGAUAACGCCUCAGAUUCCAACUCUAUAUCCACUGCAUCAUCCACACAGAACCCUGCAGCAAGCACUCUCCCUCCAACCACAACAAUAGUUCCUACUACAACCAAGAUACCAUGCGAUAGAGAAUAUGGUACUAUCUCUGUGACAUACAAAAAUGACAAGGAUACAUCAUUUACAGCAGAACUAAAUGUUCCUCGUAAUGUGACAUGUAAUUCUGAGGAUUGUAGAAAAGUGUUGCAAAAUCUAAAAGGAUGUUCAAAUCUUACCAUUCACAUAGCCGAUGGAUCAUGUUCUCCACCUACAAUUUUGGAGUUAUAUGUGCCACCAGCAUAUGAAAAGUUUAAGUUAUAUAAUUGUACAACAAGAGAAAAAGCAAAUACUUCAAUUUGUUUACAAUGGAAAAAUACAGAAACUCUUCGUUGCAUUAAAGAAUUUCAAUACAUAUAUAAAUGUGUGGGUCCUUCAAAUAUUUCAGAAUCUCCUAAUGAAUUAUUUGAAAAAGAUGAUCUUCAACCCAACACAAAGUAUAGUUGUACUUCACAAGUAAAGUAUAAUGGCCAGCAUUACAGAAAUGAAACUAUAGAUAUUGAAACAGAUUUGGGGGUUCCAGGAGAACCUAAGAUUCUUACUUGUGAAGCUAAAGAUGAAUCUACUGCAGAAGUUAUCUGGGCUCCCCCAAAAUAUUCAUCUGGAUUUUGUUUUUCUUAUUUAAACAUCUCAGGAAAAAUACGGAGCUUCUAUCUGAAUAGCAAUGUGACCAACUAUACUUUGAAGUCUUUGGAAAGUUAUACAGACUACACUGUAUCGUUAUUUGCCUUUGUUGAAGGAAAAGUGAAAUUCCAACGUAACGGGAGUGCUGUGACUUGUGCUUUAAAAACAAAAUCUGGACGUCCAGAUCCGGUCACGUCUCUGAAAGUAACCCAGACAUCAGAUAAUAGUGUGUUUGUCAAUUGUAGCCGUCCUAAUAAUAUAAGAGGCCCUCAUUUGAGUUAUGACUUGGAAGUCAUACUUAAAAACUCUAAGUCUGAAGUAGUUUAUAAUUCUUCCCAAGACUCCUGCGCAUUUGUUGUAGACAAUCUUUGGUAUUCAACAGACUAUCAGAUUUUGGUAUAUUCCUGCAAUGGUGAAAAAAGGGGAAAGCCAGAAAUAAAAUAUCACACAACAUCUUAUAACUCCAAAGCACUGAUUGGAUUUCUGGUAUUUCUGAUUAUUGUGACAUCCAUAGCUCUGCUUGUGGUUCUCUAUAAAAUAUAUGAUCUGCACAAGAAGAGGUCCAGCAACUUAGAUGAACAGCAGGAACUUGUUGAAAGAGAUGAUGAAAGACAGCUGAUGAGUGUGGAACCAAUUCAGGCGGAUGUUUUGCUGGAAACGUACAAGAGAAAAAUUGCUGAUGAAGGCCGACUUUUUCUGGCUGAGUUUCAGAGCAUCCCACGAGUGUUCAGUAAAUUUUCUAUCAAGGAUGCUCGAAAGCCUUUUAACCAAAAUAAAAACCGCUAUGUUGACAUCCUUCCUUAUGACUAUAACCGUGUUGAGCUCUCUGAAAUAAAUGGAGAUGCAGGGUCAACCUAUAUAAAUGCUAGCUAUAUUGAUGGUUUCAAAGAACCCAGGAAAUAUAUUGCUGCACAAGGACCCAGGGAUGAAACUAUUGAUGAUUUCUGGAGGAUGAUUUGGGAACAGAAAGCCACAGUCAUUGUCAUGGUCACUAAAUGUGAAGAAGGAAAUAGGAACAAGUGUGCAGAAUACUGGCCCUCCGUGGAAGAAGGCUCUCGGACUUAUGGAGAUGUUAUUGUAAAGAUCAAUGAGCACAAAAGAUGUCCAGAUUACAUCAUCCAGAAAAUGAACAUUACAAAUAGAAAAGAAAAAGGAACUGGAAGAGCGGUGACUCACAUUCAGUUUACAAGCUGGCCAGACCAUGGGGUACCUGAAGACUCUCACCUGCUUCUCAAGCUGAGAAGGAGAGUGAACGCUUUCAGCAACUUCUUCAGUGGCCCCAUCGUAGUGCACUGCAGUGCUGGCGUUGGGCGCACAGGCACAUACAUUGGAAUUGAUGCCAUGCUGGAAGGCCUGGAAGCAGAGGGCAAGGUGGAUGUGUAUGGCUAUGUUGUGAAGCUCAGACGGCAGAGAUGCCUCAUGGUGCAAGUGGAGGCCCAGUACAUCCUAAUCCAUCAGGCUUUAGUGGAAUACAACCAGUUUGGAGAAACAGAAGUGAAUCUGGCUGACUUAAAUUCACAUUCAUAUCUACAUAACAUGAAGAAAAGAGACCCACCCAGCGAGCCAUCUCCACUAGAGGCUGAAUUCCAGAGACUUCCUUCCUAUAGAAGCUGGAGGACACAGCACAUUGGAAAUCAAGAGGAAAAUAAAAAGAAAAACAGAAAUUCUCAUGUUAUUCCAUAUGACUUUAACAGAGUGACACUUAAACAUGAAUUGGAAAUGAGCAAAGAGAGUGAGCAUGAUUCAGAUGAAUCGUCUGAUGAUGACAGUGAUGCAGAAGAAACAAGCAAAUAUAUCAAUGCAUCUUUUGUAAUGAGCUACUGGAAACCAGAAAUGAUGAUUGCUGCUCAAGGACCUCUAAAAGAGACCAUUGGUGACUUCUGGCAGAUGAUAUUCCAAAGAAAAGUCAAAGUUAUCGUUAUGUUGACAGAGCUGAUGCAUGGAGACCAGGAAAUCUGUGCUCAAUACUGGGGAGAGGGGAAACAAACACAUGGAGAUUUAGAGGUUGACAUCAAAGACACAAGUAUAUCACCAAUGUAUACUGUCCGAGAAUUUGAACUGAGAUAUUCUAAGAGGAAAGACACUCGAACUGUGUACCAGUACCAAUAUACUAACUGGAGUGUGGGCCAGCUCCCUGCAGAAGCCAAAGAGCUAGUUUCAAUGAUUCAAAACCUUAAACAGAAACUUCCCAAGAAGACUUCCACAGAAGGGAAUAAGUAUCACAAGAGUGUUCCCAUCCUAGUCCACUGCAGAGAUGGAUCUGAACAAACAGGAGUAUUCUGUGCUUUGCUAAAUCUCAUGGAAAGUGCGGAAACAGAAGAAGUAGUAGAUGUUUUUCAAGUAGUAAAGUCUUUACGCAAAGCUAGGCCAGGAAUGGUUUCCACAUAUGAGCAAUAUGAAUUCCUCUAUGACAUCAUUGCCAGCACCUAUCCUGCUCAGAAUGGACAAGUAAAGAAAAGCAGCAAGCAAGAAGAUAAAAUUGAAUUUGAUAAUGAAGUGGACCAAGCAAAGCAGGAUGCUAAUUGUGUCAGUUCAACCGGUGCCCCAGAUCAGACCCAAGAUGGAAGCAAAGAAGCAGAAGGUUCUAAAUCCACAAUCAGUUCAGAGAGGCCAGAACAUUCUCCCAAUGGCCCUGCAAGUCCAGUUUCAACUGAGAGUUCAUAGGAAAAGACACAAAAGCAGUGACUCAAAUAGUAGUAGUGAUUUCUAUUUUCUAGAAGGGGGAAUAGUUGACUUGGGAUAACGAAGUGCUCGGAUUGAACAUUUGGGGGAAGUGCCUCUCUGACUACUGUGGAAAAAUAUUUAAGGUAGUUUUGGUAAAAUGUUCUGUAUAGUCUUACGCUUAUCUUAAAAUCUCUUUCAUUCAACAAAACCAACCUCGUAGUCUUCGCAUGUGUGUGUUUGUGUGUGGGGUGCCCUUGGUAAGGGACAGGGAGUGUGCUUUCAAAUGAACCUAAAUGCUUUGAGAAACUUUGCCUUUUUCUCUUUCUGAAAAAAAGCCCACAUUUUAUAUUGUACUGUUAACUUUAAUGGAAAGUUCUGUCUCUUAAUAUUUCAAAUCUGUAGUAGUGACAUCAGAAUAAAAUGCUUAUUUGGAGGCUGACCUCGAGAUGUCCUCUGAGUCCUACACAUAGACAUCAGUUACUGUUUUACUUUUAGAGGUAAUAUAUAAAUGUAGUAGGUGUGUGUGUGUGUGUGUAGUUACUACAAAAAAAUCAAGUAAAUUAACAUUUGGAAAUCUUAUACAAAACAGAACAUAUGGCAUUGCCAAAUUUUGUUUUAAAGAGUGUAUUGAUGUAUAGAGAUGUCAACAAAUUGUCUAGAAUGGUGUUCACAUAAUUGUUUUAAUCUGUCUCUGGUAGUGACAACAUGAAUAUAUUUUUUCUUUUUUAAUAGUCUUUUUUAAAUUUUUGCUAGUGGAACAAGUUAGGAAUUGCUAGAAGUGUGUAAGGUGAUGAAUAUGUUAAUUUGCUUGAAUGUAGUAAUCAUUUCACAUUGUAUAUGUGUCUUAAAACAUGAUGUUGUACACCUUAAAUAUAUAUGAUUUUAUCAAUUAUACUCAAUAAAAAUGAGUUAAUGUUUUUAAAAAAUAA